UCACUAACAUUUAUAGACUCCACAUCAGUUCUCCACUACUCUUAAACCAGAUUAAACAUAGUGCAGACAUGUCUGGAGCCAAGGGUGGAAGUGGCAUCAUCGGUGGUGGGGGUUGUGGUGGCAGCAGUGGCAGCAGUGGCGGAUUGGGUUGUGGUGGCAGUGGAGCAAUAUCUACUCAAUGUGGAAACACUGGCAUAAAUAUACCAGUUCAACCAUGCCAGGGCACUGUCCAGCAAGGAGGCACAGCUAAUCCCUGUCUGCAAAGCCAAGGUGGAGGAAGUUUCAUUAGUGGUGGUGGAUCAAGCUAUGGAGGAGGCUGUGGGGGCCAGAUUGGUGGAUCAAGCUAUGGAGUAGGCUGUGGAGGCCAGACCGGUGGAUCCCAGAUUAGUGGAUCAAGCUGUGGAGGAGGCUGUGGAGGGCAGACUGGUGGAUCAGGUUAUGGAGGAGGCUGUGGAGGCCAGACUGGUGGCUCAGGUUAUGGAGGAGGCUGUGGAGGCCAGACUGGUGGAGGUUCAGCCAAAAAGUGAUCCGGGAAAAAAAAUCCUCUGAUUGCUAACUAAAACAUUGAAAAAUGAAUCAUUUGAAUCCAGUAUCUACAAUAAUUAUUAUUUUACUGUCAAACAUUACCUAACUUUGAUUAAACAAUUAAUUUGAUUAAAUGAAUUCAGAUUAAA